GACAGCUCGGAACAUGUGUUUCUCUCUGCUCUUUCAGUCCAGUCAGUGUUAGCUGAUGGCAAAGCACAGCUAGGUAGCAGCUAACAAUAACCAACCAGGUAGUACACCUCUCAGCUCUCGGAUACUCUGCUUCACCUGAACCAGGUUACAGAACCAGCGAGGAGCGCUUUUACUUACUUUAACACAGCUAAUUAUCAGCUAACAUCAGCUAACCAGCUGCAGACUCUCCUUAAGAAAAUGGCCACUGUUUCACUCCCUGCUGCUACCAGAGCUCUACUGCUGGAUAUCGAGGGAACAACAACACCAAUCACCUUUGUAAAGGAUAUCUUAUUUCCAUACAUCCGGGACCAUCUUGAGGAGUACUUGUCUUCUCACUGGGAGGAAGACGAGUGCAAACAAGAUGUUCAUCUCCUAAAGAAACAGAUUGAGGAGGACAUGAGACAGAACCGGUCGUGCCCCGUCCACGCCGUGGACCAGACGGUUCACACAGACGAGGAGAAGGCCAUUAGAGAGGUAGUGGAUAAUGUGCUGUGGCAGAUGGCAGCAGACAGGAAGUCCACAGCACUCAAACAGAUCCAAGGUCACAUGUGGAGGACGGCUUAUUCUUCUGGGAGAAUCAAAGGCGAGGUCUACCAGGAUGUAACUCCAUCCAUCAAAAGAUGGAGAGGACAGGGACUUAAAGUGUACAUUUACUCCUCUGGAAGCGUGGAGGCACAGAAACUUCUGUUUGGAUACUCUGAGGAAGGAGAUGUUUUAGAUUUAUUAGAUGGCCACUUUGACACCAGUAUAGGAGCUAAAGUGGACGGCAAAAGCUACGAGAGGAUUGCUGAGAGGAUUGGCUGCCAACCGGAGGAAAUCACAUUCUUGACCGACGUCACUCGUGAGGCUAAAGCCGCUGAAGAAGCCGGGGUGAACGUGGUGGUGGUGGUCAGGCCCGGAAACAUGGAGCUGACGGAUGACGAGAGAUCCCACUAUAACCUCGUUACAUCCUUUAGCCAAGUUGAACUGACGGGACGUGCUUAACGCAGAGCGCAGAGGAAGACCUAAUGACCUGUUCCUUCUCCUCUUUUGCCCUCCCACCCCACCUCCCUCCUUUUUGCAACUCUAAUGUUUUUGUUUGUUCCACGUUGACAGUUGAAGAAGUGUAGGAGAUGCUGCUGGGACUACAGUUAGCCACCAGUAGGGCGUCUAGGUGUCCCAGCCUGUGAGAAGUCAAUGUACCCCGGUCUUUCAGGAUGCCUUUCACAUGAAUGGAAACAGAUCUACGGAGCGUAAUCACUCUCAUUGGACCAUUUGAUUGACUGGGAAGAGAACAGGAAAGCUGUAGAUAAGAAAAGAAAAAGCCUGAAGGAAACUGCACACCUGUGAAGUUACUUUACCUUUUUACCUUUUAGAUGAUUUGGUUGCUGAACCUCUCCACUGUUAAUCAAAACUUUCCAACUGUAUGUGUUGUAUUUGUAAACAUUUUCCAUCCAUGUGCCGUUUUCUCCCUCGACACACACACACACACACACACACACACACACACACGUGUUGCAGAUGUAUGAAGUUUUCUCCAGUGAUUGAACUGUUAAACGUCGUAAUGUUUUAGAAAGUAGACAUACAGUAGAGAUGCACUCGGCAGCCGUGGUGCUGCUGCCGACAGGAAGUUCUCAUUUCAGAUGUGUCUUAAUUAGUCCUCUCAGCAGGUGAAUGGUGUCUAUUUAAAUGUGCCAUCCUCGUAAUGUUGGUGUUGGAAAGUUAACCCUAAAAAUUGCCAAAUUGAUGAUUCAUGUGUGUGAAACAUAAAUGGUAUUAUUCAGGAAAUGAUGAUAACAUAAAAACUUGCUUCCAAUAAAUGCCUUGUCUCACACAGAA